AUGACGUCACAAAUUAUACAUGUAGUUGUGGGACUUUACACCUGUUGGAUUUUAAUAAAAUUAUGUUAUGGUGGCUUUGCAUGUUUAAGUAGUCCAUGCAUUAAUGGAAUUUGUAUAGAUGAUGUAAAUAGUACUUAUUCAUGCUAUUGUAUUGACGGAUUUACGGGUAUACAAUGUCAAACCAACUGGAAUGAAUGUUGGUCUUCGCCGUGUAAAAACGGCGGAACUUGUACUGAUGGUAUAGCUUCGUACAAUUGCACUUGCAUCGAUGGAUUUGUCGGUGCAGAUUGUGAAAUUAAUUACGAUGAAUGUGCUUCGAAUCCGUGUUCAAACAAUGGCACAUGUAUUGACGUAGACAAUGGUUACGAGUGCAUGUGUUCACCAGGCUAUGAAGGUAUUAAUUGUGAAAUUGAUAUAGCGGUUUGUAAUAUAACCGGGUCUGACAGAUGUGCCAAUGGUGGGACAUGCAUUGAGGGACGAGGCUUUACAUUUUUUUGUAACUGCACUCCAGGCUGGAAGGGUCCAUUUUGUGAGGAUCAAGUUAAUGAAUGCGAAUCUUCUCCCUGUCAGAAUGGUGGAAUUUGUAUUGAUUUAAUAGCCACAUAUGCUUGCGCUUGUCAUUUUGGGUAUACCGGUAGUAAUUGUGAAGAAAGUAUACUACUCUGCAAUGAUAACCCCUGCGAAAAUGAAGCAUUAUGCUUAAUGGAAGAUGACAGACUGGUAUGCUAUUGUGUUCCUGACUAUCAUGGUGAUCGAUGUCAAUAUCAAUAUGAUGAAUGCCAACUAGGACCCAGAUGCAUGAAUGGCGGAACUUGCAUUGAUGGUAUCGACUCAUUUAUAUGUUCCUGUCCACCAGAUUUAACGGGCGUGCUUUGUGAAUGUUUAAUUUUAUCCAAUGAUACGUAUGAUUGUACAUAUAUCGCUCCAACAACCACAACAAUAUCAACAACAUUACCUUCAACAAUAUCGACAACAAUUAGUCAUACUGUACCUGAAUUUUCAACGAUAAGUUCGACAAAUUCUACUCAGCCAUACUUUACUUUUUCGACUGAAAUUCUUGAAUUGAGUAGCUUUACAGUGCCAAAAACAUUCCCUUCCAUUACUACAGAGUAUGAAACUUCUACGCCAAUUACUUUAUAUCAAACUACUGAAUACUUUCCAGGCACAACUGAUAUUGUGCAAAAUAUCACUUCAGAAUUUACUACAGCACAGCGAGAAAAUGCUACAGAUCUGACAUUAACCAGUGUUUCAUCACGACUACCCAAAGAUACUGUGACAAUUGUACCAGUAACCGGCUUUUCGACUGUUCCGACGACAGUGGUUAAGGAAAUAACGACAAAGGAAUCAUUUCCUGGCAAAGCAACAACUUCUAGUUAUAACAAAUCAAGCUUACCUGACGUUACUGAAAGUGAAAUUGUAACAUUCUUCACAGUAAAACCUACUUCCAUUUUGACUACGAAAAUUUUACCACGUACCACUAUUGGCGAAGAAACAACAAUGGAAACAAUAUUUUUGAGUAGUACAACAACAGAUUUAAUAACCACUGAAUAUCCCGUAAAAAAUAAAACAACAACACCUGGAAUUGUGGACUGCACAAAAUAUCCAUGCAAAAAUGGUGGAUCCUGUAUUCAUAAAUUAGAAGGUCCAAAGUGUGUUUGCAAAUUCAAUUACGAAGGGCAUUAUUGUGAAACUGAGUUAAUUAUUGAAAAUGCAGCAUUUAUGGGACAAUCGUAUUUAGUGCAUCAUAUUGAUAGUAAAUCAUCGAUUAAAAUUGAACUUCGUGCCAAAACAUUAGCCAGCAGUGGCCUGAUAUUUUAUAGUAAUAUUGGUAAAAGUGCUUAUAUGAGCUUGUAUCUAUUGGAUAAUCUGUUAAAAUUUCAAUUUUCUUGUGGAUUACAAACAAUGGUUUUAUGUGAAAUGGAUUUAUUGGUUAAUAAUGGAAAUGAGUUUAAAAUACAAGCACACUUGGAAUAUUCACAUAAUCGAUCACAUUGUAAUGCAACUGUACGACUUAAUGAUUCAUUAACAAUGAGUGGAGAUCAAAAGGCAGUUUUUAAUAUUUUUGAUUUAUCGGAUUCCUGGAUACAUUUUGGAAAAAUAUUGCAACAUAUACAUAAUCAACUUGCUGAAAUUACUGGUUUCAUUGGAUGUAUAAAUUCAUUAAAGGUAAAUGAUAUGCCAACAGAAAUUUUUAACAAUGCAAAGGAUGGUUUUGAAAUAUCUGAUUGUAAUUCAUUGGUAUGUCUUUCAAAUCCAUGCUAUAAUAAUGGUAUAUGUAUUGAAAAUGAUGGUAAAUGGUCAUGUUUAUGUACCAACGGUUUUGUUGGACAAACUUGCGUCCAAUCAAUAUGUGAGAAUAAUCCGUGUAUGUACGGUGCAAGUUGUGUCCCAUAUACUAGUGGUUUUCUAUGUUUAUGUCAAUUCGGGAAACAUGGAUAUCUGUGCGAGCAAGAUUUGGAAAUAACAGAGCCAUCAUUUUCCUCCACCAUCCAUGGAAUGUCAUCAUUCUCCGCACAUACCAUAUCCAAAAGUGUGGCAAAUAAUAUGGAAAUUGAAUUUAAUUUUAUACCAGACACAGUUGAACAAAUAGCAUUACUUCUGUUUAUUGGGCAAGAUGGUCCACAUGAUGUUUUAUCAGAUCAUUUGGCUGUUAGUUUCGUUAAAGGUUACAUAAUGUUAACAUGGAAUUUGGGUUCGGGACCGAGAAGAAUUUUUACAACAAAACCGUUAAAAAUAUUUCCAAGUAAAGAACAUACAGUUCGAAUUGGACGUCAAGGACGAAGAGCUUGGAUUAUGGUCGAUAAUAUGACAAAUGUAACAGGCCGAUCACCAGGCAAACAAGAGCAACUGGAUGUUCAGCCUAUAAUUUAUUUGGGUGGAUAUGAAAAAACAAAUUUUUCAACUUUACCACAUGAUUUACCCUUACAUACUGGUUUUAGUGGAUGUAUCUAUAAUGUUUAUAUUACAGUUGGUGAUUUUUCUGUUCCAUUAUUAAAUACAAAAGCAAAAUUUGGUCGAAGUGUUGGACAAUGUAAAACAUCUGAAUGCACGAAUUAUGUUUGUCAAAAUGGUGGCGUGUGCUUACAAUAUGGACCCACAUUUACGUGUUUAUGCGCUGAUGGGUGGUUUGGACAUUUUUGUACAAUAAAAUAUAAUCCAUGUGAUUCCACAAGACAUAAAUGUAGUCUAGAUUCUACCUGUGUUCCAUUAGCAGAUUCAUAUGAAUGUGAUUGUCCAUUGGGAAAAUCUGGAAAAUACUGUGAAAAAUAUGAAAAUCUUUCUGAUGUACAUUUUUCUGGAAAACGUUCAUAUUUAAAAAUUCAUACAUCAUCCAUAAUACAAGCAACACUUUUUAACAUUGAAAUGCAAAUCCGUCCAUUAAGCGAUCAAGGGUUAAUUUGUUUUAUGGGUGAUGACAGAAAAUAUAUUUCUAUAUACUUACAAGGUGGUGUUAUGGAAUUCCGUCUUUUCUCUACGGAAAUAGAACAAUCAUCUGAAAGUCCAAUUUUAAUUGUGAGAAGUAGACAAGUAUUACGGAUUGGAGAAUGGUAUACAAUUAAAGUAGGAAAACAAGGCAGAAAAGUAUAUAUUGAAACUGAUGAAAAAGUUUCAGCAAAUAUAUUAUCAACUACUAAUUCAAUCAGACUAGAUUUAACAAAUUCGCUCUAUUUAGGUGGAUUGCCAGAUUUAGCAAAUUUACCACGUGACGCGUCCACAGGAUAUCCCGCCUCAUUCUCUGGAUGUAUACGCCAACUAAAAGUAAAUGAUCGACAUAUAUCAUUAAAUACAUCUACUGUCUCUGAAUCACGUAAUAUUGAUGAUUGUGAUGGUACCCCAUGUGGGGGUGAUAUUUGUCUAAAUGGAGGGACAUGUUGGUUAGAUUCACAAAUAAAACCACAUUGUUCAUGCUCAAAAUAUUACUCGGGUGAAAAUUGUCAAACGAAAAUAUCUUGUCAAGAACUAAGUUGUCAAAAUGAUGGACGAUGCAUCCAACAACAAGAUGAUGUAGAUGGAGUUUAUAAGUGUACAUGUCCUUUGGGAUGGAUGGGUGAUUUUUGUGAAAAAGUUAUAAGUCAACCAUUAAAAUCACCUUAUUUAAUGGGAUCCAAUAGUUACAUAUUGGUGGAAACACGAAAUAAAAAAGCAAAUAAAAUUGGAGUUGCGAGUAGUAGUUUGCAAAAUAUGGAUUGGUUUGGUAUUUCAUAUAUUCAUAUCAAUUUUUCAACACCAGAACCCGAUGGAAUGUUAUUAUGGACUCAAAAUGGUCCUAAAUUUUUUGGAAUUGGCAUGGACCAAGGUAUUCUAAAAAUUACGUGGCAAGAAUCUGAUGUUGUUAUUUAUGAUAUAUCCACAUAUGGUAUAAUUACUGAUGGUGCAUGGCAUAGUUUAACAUUAUUAUUUGACUAUGGAAAUAUGACACUCUAUAUUGAUGAAAAAGAAAUUCCAUUACCCAAACCAAAAAUCGAUAAUAAUUUUCAAGAGGGGGGCGAUGAAGAUGAUACACCAUUUACAGAUGGUACAUUUUAUGUUGGUGGAUUUCCCGAUAAUCAAUCCAUACAUCAAGAGACAAAUGGUCUAUAUGUAAAACAUUUUAAAGGGUGCAUUAGUGAAUUAAGUUUUGAACGUGAUGAAGAAAUUAAUGAUUUUUCUAUCUAUCAUGGACAACAUGUGGAUAAAUGUUAUAUAACACCAUAA